AUGUCAUCCCGUGAUAAAGUGAUCAACGAAAUAUUCCAAACAGAAGUAACAUAUUCCAACAGUCUUUCCGAGCUUCGGACUUAUUACUACGACGACAUGAAGCAGCGGAGUGACAAAGUAAUACCAAUUAGCAUCGUGAAUGAUAUCUUUGAGGGUUUCGAAGAUGCCCUUGCAGUCUCUCAGUACUUCAUCUCUACACUCAGAAAAUACAAGCAGUCAAACACACUUAAUUCGAAUAUUCAAGACGUUUUUCUUGAGAUGGCCCCACUCCUUGUUUUCAUUCGAGACUUUGUGGGCAAUAACCAGAGGGCAAUAAGUAUCGUCAACAAGUUGAUUCAAGACCAGAAGGUCAGUAACUACUUGGAACAAAUACGGCAGGGACUUCCAACUACACCCAAACAAGACUUAUCUUCUCUCCUCAUUAUGCCAGUCCAAAGAACACCUCGAUAUGUUCUUUUGAUACAAGAAGUGUUGAAACACACUUCCAAAGAAGAACAUCCCGAUUGGUACAGUGGCCUUGAAAAGGCAGUUGAAGCGAUCAAAGGUGUUGCGUCAUAUGUCAAUUGCUAUAUUCCAGAAUAUCAAAGAAUAUCACAAUUGAAUCGAAUUGCAAAGUACCUACCGAAGAGUCUCCAAGAAAACUGGCUGAGCAAAAACAGGACUGUAGUUGUCUUAAACAUGAGUUUGAUGUAUGGAGAAGUUGUCUCGAUCACCAAUGAUAUGGUGGUUGUGGGGAAACAUGUUGAAGGAUGUUUAGUUCCUUUCAAAGUUAUUUUAAUAGUUACAAUCAAACACAUUAAUGAAGUGUCUGGUGUAGUUUCGAUAUGUACAAAAGAUGACUGCGAGACUAAACUUGCUUUCCAGCAGUUUGCGCAAGCGAAAGAAUUUUGUGAGACAUUAGAAAAUGUGCGAAAGAGUUCGACGAUAGAAUUGGUUCAUCAAUUACAACAGAAGAUCUGUUGGUUUUGUCACACACAUGAGGACGUCAUAGAAUGUGGUGAUUGUCACAAACCAAUGUGUUUCAAAUGUCUCGAAGGGAAAUGCAAGUUUUGUGAGUUGGGGAUGAUCAAAAUAGAAAGUAACAAAAAUUUUGCACAUUUAGUUCGACCGCCCAUUGUUUUGUUGAGUGACAAACAACUGAAGCGUUCUAUGAAUAGUAAACAAGAAAUGGCUGACUACUACGAACAAUUUGAUUUUGAAGAUAAAAAAGAGGUGGGAAAUGCUUUCAAGAAAAGUGAUUGGUACCUCUCUAUGCUUCAAGGUAACAUUCAUCAAUUUGCACAACCACAACAAAACGUUGCACAACCACUUGAUACAGGUUUUUAUUCACCAUUUGCACGAAAUGUAGAAGAAAAUGUGGAAGAACAAAAGAAAGUACAAAGUCAAAAUGUAAUAUCACCCAACCCCACUGUAGUGAACAACCCAUUCUUUUCAGACUCCAAGUUUGCUAUGCCAAUCGAGCCACCUAAAACAAAUGGUGGGUUUUUUAAUCCUUUUGCACCAGAUUACGUGCCACCUACUCAAUAA